GAUUGUGUAAGGAGACGCAUUUAAGUACACACAUCUUCGCUACGAAAUGCAAUGUAGAGAAUUAUUACAAUAGAACGCGCCGCUGUAGGCAGACAUAUUUAUUUUAUUAGGUUUUUUUUGUAUUAUUGUAAUAUCACACUCAACUCAUACAGGCGAGCGAAGGCAAACGAAGAGCAAAAAAAAACGUGAAAAAAUACCGUCGUUUUUACAUACACGAGAAAAUAGGCAGGAAUAUUUGAAAUUGCCAUACAGUUUAAGUAAAAAUCAAUGUAAAACAGUGUGCUAAUAUAAAAUAGAAGUAGUUAGUGUUUAUUCAAUUGGGAAAGCAGUCGGGAGAGUUGGUGUGAAAUCGAAAUUAUUGAAAAGCAAAAGUGAAAAAAAAGAAGAAGUCGAUUUUGACAUAUUAAGAAAAACGAAAUAAGAGAAAAAGCGAACGAGUCGGAAUAAGAAGGAAAGAGGUUGUUGCUAGUGGAUUGGAAUAUUUGUGUUUGGUCGGCUUACCAUUACCUCAACCCCCAGCUACAAAAACGGCCGGAAAAAAACAACAAAAAUCGGAAAAAAAAGAACGGCGUAAAACCGAAGACUCUGACAACAUGGCCGAAUACGAGGGAAACGGCGAUUUUAACUACAGUGGCGAUGGAUCAAGUGAUUUUAAGCGGCGAGACAACAAUGCCACCACAUCGGUCAAAUCGGAUGAUGAGGCAGAAGAAAAUGUCCAAUUACCCGAAAAGGUCAACGAAUACAUCCGGGAAUUGCUCAACGAAAAGAUGAGCAUGGAUCAUAAGUACCCACAUGCUGAAAAAUUGCUCGAAGCUGAGAUUGCAAAGGUUCAACAGAGUGGCCGCAUCCCACAACGAGAACAGAAGUAUGUAGACAUUUACCGCGAGAAACAGAUUCGAGUCACUGUUAAGGUGCUAGUGCCGGUAAAGGAACACCCUAAAUUCAAUUUCGUUGGUAAGCUGCUUGGGCCAAAGGGUAAUUCAAUGAAAAGACUGCAAGAAGAGACAAUGUGUAAAAUGGCUGUAUUGGGUCGAGGAUCGAUGAAGGACCGCAAGAAGGAGGAAGAUUUGCGAGCAGCCUUAGAUCCAAAAUACGCUCAUUUAAAUGAUGACUUGCAUGUAGAAAUAUCGGCAUUGGCACCACCGGCCGAAGCCCAUGCCCGUGUUGCGUAUGCAUUGGCCGAGGUGCGAAAAUAUUUGAUACCCGACAGCAAUGAUGUCAUUCGUCAAGAGCAGUUGCGUGAAUUAAUCGCCGAUGGUACAAUCCCAUCGGAUGCCGAUGAUCCAGCAAAAUAUAAGCCACGUGUACCGCAUAUAGCUCGUAAUGCUUAUCCAAGCAGCAGAGUUUCAGCAACGACACGUUCACCAGUCCCGGCUGGUUCGUCGCGCACGGUGAUGCCUGCCAAACAGAAAAUAUUGUCGAUACUGGAUCGUGCCCGAACCGCAAUGGAAGAAACGUAUCCGGCUUAUGAGGACGCGAUCUAUGAGGGUGCGCCGACUGGUCACUACGAUAACUAUUCAUACGGUCAUCAAGCACAUACGUCAGCACCGCGAACCGCACGCUACGAUGCCGCUGACUAUGAGGCCGAAUAUCGGCGAGAAUACUAUCGCGAGCCGCCAGCCUAUGCAGCCCAUCGUUCAUCGUGGAAAUCCAGUAGCUAUCACGGUAAUGGUAGCUAUUCAUCAUCCGGUCGUCAUGAGCACGAGCAUGUAUCAUCGUCAGCAAAGGCAGCCAUACACAGUUCACAUUCGCGUGAAAGUCGCUACAGAAAUUCACCAUAUACGCGACCGAAAAACUAAAACACCCAAAACAAAACUAAGAAACAAAACAAUGCUAUAUCAUAAAACCAACUACACAUACGUUUAUUUUUUAAAUUUAUAUUCUCUCUAAUAUCUCUUUCACUUACUGAGAGAGCAAGAAAAAAGGGCAACAAGAAAUUUCUUCGCAAGGAUUCGCUGCCGAUAUCCGGAUAUAUCCUCUAAAACCAACCAAAACCAAAACAAAAAGCGAUUUUGUGAGUGUGACAAACAGAAAUAACUAACGAAAAAAUAAAAACCAAACAAAAAUCGAUAGAAGCACAGCAGCAUGCGAUGGUCAUAGACAUACAAACAAAAUGCAACUAAAAAUUAAAAAAAAAUCAAUGUUAGUUAAUUAAAAAACCAAAAGAUAAACGAAGAGAAAAAAAAAUGAGUCUAUUUUUUGCCGAUGGAUUCGCACAAAUGCAGUUUAUCUGUUGAUUCAGCUGAAUGAAUAAAAAAAAAUCUAGACUCUUCAAAACGAGACCAAAAAACAUACACAUUUUGAAUACGAUUCCGUAAACAAAACAAAAUAUCCUUAUAAAUAACAACAAAAUAUAUUUGUCUGGCAUAAACAAAACGAAAUGAAUAAAUAAAUGAGGAAAGCAGAGAAUAAAUUUUCUUUUUGAAUGGUAAAAAAUGUGUCGAUUAUCGCGAACCAAAGAAAAAUACACAAUUUAAAUGGUAUCAAUUGCUUAUAAAAUUCAUGUAAAAGAAAAAAAAGAAAAGAAAUUAAUGAUGACAAUUUGGUUGUAAGCCUGAAGCAUUUACAAAUCUAACAUUUUAAACAAUAAAAAUUAUUGCAAAUUGUAAAAUCUGAAAACUGAGCGAUAAAUGAAGAUUGAAAUAAAAACCAAAAAAAAAAAAAUAAA